CUCCGUUUGUGGAUGCGGCGGGUGUUAUUCGCAUGUGCAUGUGCAUGUGCACCUCAGACGGUGAGCGAAGCCUGAUUCUCCGCGCACGAGAUCCCAUUGAAUCCCCCUGGAAUCCCCUGAUUAGCUGAGAAACAAACGCACAAUGAACUUCACCCCGUUUGGCAAUACCUUUCCCGGCAACAUUCCCGGCCUGCCGCAAUUCACGACGAGCACAGCUCCGCUGGUUUCCACCGUGACUGCCGCCGUAACGGAUGUGGCUGUGACGGGCGCCGCUAAUCCGCAGCAGCAACAGCAGCAGGAUGCAGCCAGCGGCAGCAAUCGCUACCAGCAGCAGCAGCAACAGGUAACGCAUUUUGGCCAGGCCACUAUGACGGCGGGACAGGGCAGCAGUGGCAACAAGUUCCGUGGCGGCCAGGAGGAUGCGCUCCAGGGUGACAAGUACAAUGGCCACUUGGUGGCUUCCUCCCAGCAACAGCAGCAGCAGCAGCAACAGCAGCAGACGCAGUAUGCAACUGUUGCGUAUGCAAGUGCAACAGCGACGAGUGCUGCAGCGGAUGCGCUGCAGGCGGGAACUUCCGGCCAGCAGCAGCAGCAGCAGAUGCAGCAGCAACAGGUCACCGCCCCGCAGGAACUCACCCAAGAUCUGUGCAACGCCAUCCUGCAGCAGCAAGUACUCCAGAAUACCUCGUGGCAAACUCUGACGCCGGGAACCACAGUUGCCGACUACCUCUCACAUCUUCCAGCCAACACGUUGCCCCUGUCGCUGCAUCACUUCCUCAAGUAUUCCGCGGAGACAAUAAAGAAGGAGAACCAACAGAAUGUGGUGCUGCAGGUGCAGACGGGACCAGCCAUCGGAAUCAACACCCUGGGCACGACAACCAUUAGUAUACCUCAGCAGGAGCAGCUGACGCUGCAGCCGCAGCAGCAGGCGACGUUGCAGGUGCAGACGCAGGCGGCGGUCACGGCGACGGCGACGACGGCGACAGCGACGACGGCCGGCGGAUCCGGCGGCACUUCCGGCAAGAAGAAGAAGCGCAAAAAGCGAAACAAGGACCGGAAAACGAAGCUGCGACCCGGCGAGAUUCGCCUGGGCACCGCACUCGACGGCAGUCCGCUGUACAUGUGUCCCGAAUGCCAUGUGGCGUAUCCGGAGCCGGAGCUGCUCGAAGUGCAUCUGGUGGGCCACAACCUGGAGAAGCGCUACGUGUGCGACAUCUGUCAGGCGUCGCUGAAGCGCAAGGAUCACCUCACCCGCCACAAACAGUCGCACAAUCCGGAACGACCCUACAUCUGCACCGUGUGCCUGAAGGCCUUCAAGCGGAAGGAGCAACUGAGUCUGCACUUCGUCAUCCAUUCCGGCGAGAAGCGCCACCAGUGCGGCGAGUGCGGCAAGGGCUUCUACCGCAAGGAUCAUCUGCGCAAACACACCCGCUCCCACAUCGCUCGCCGCGUCAAGGCCGAGCUGAACAGCCAUGUGCGGCGCGAGAAUGGCACCAGUAUGUUGCAACCUGUCGUCACGGAGGCAACGACGGCGGCCCUGCAACAUGCCAAUCAGCUGGCCAGCGCACAGCAGCAGUUGCAGCAGCAACAGCAACAGCAGCAACAACAGCAGCAGCAGCAACAUCACAUUGUGAUCACGCAGCAACAACCGACAACGCAGCAACAGACUUCGCAGCAGCAGCAGCAGCAACAGCAGCAAAUGAUAAAUUAGCCAAAUGAUUUUUGUAAAGUCAGUUAAAGCGAAAUUCAAUUUAGUCUCAUCUGAGUCCCCAAGGACUCGGCUGCUCAAAAACCACAAAUAACUCUCUCGGUCCACACAAUUUAAUUGACUCUCACAAAUCGGAUAAUACAAACAGGAGGAUGUUAGCAAAUGUCUUCGAGGAUUCUCCUUAGGGAAUUCUCAACGUUGUACAA